AUGGCUCAACCAAGCAUGGAGGACCAGCUUCUGGUCAUCCUCUCCGAUACACUUUCCAGCUCGAGUGGACCAAGAAAACUUGCCGAAGUCCAAUUGAAACAAGCAGAGGUCCAGACUGCUUUCCCAGGAAGUUUGGCGACUAUUGGAUGCCACGCCAAUAUAGCUAUCGAGGUUCGGCAAGCCGCCCUGUUAUCUCUGCGAACGUUCGUAGACAAGAACUGGAGCGGCUACGACGAAAAUGGUCCGACUAUUACCAUUGAAGAAGGCGUCAAGGAACAAUUACGACACAGCAUGUUGGAGUUGGCUACAAGUAAUGCGGACAGAAAGUUGACAAAAGCCGCGAGCCACGUUGUGAGCAAGAUUGCGAACGUCGAUUUCCCAGAGCACUGGCCAAACCUUCUGCCGACCAUAUUGCAGGUGAUUUCCACCGCUGAUGACACCCAAACACAUGGAGCCUUGAAGGUGCUUUCAGACCUUGUAGAAGAAUCAUUGAGCGAGGACCAGUUCUUUGCUGUUGCUCGGGAUAUAACCAGCGUGGUUUAUGCAGUGGCCGUCAAUGAAAACCGCAAGUUCUCUCUGCGAGCUUUGGCGGUCUCCGUCUUCCGCAGCACAUUUGAUAUUAUGGACAUGGUGAAGGAUGAACACGGACAGGAAGUGACAGGAUUCGCGGAUGAGGUUAUCAAAGCAUGGUCUCCCUUCUUUAUGGAGACCAUGCAGAAGAGGUUGCCUGCCAAGCCAAAGAGCGAGGAUGAGGGAUACGAAAGCUCUACUGCUGACAGAGCCAAUACAUGGAAAGGCUUAAUCACUUUGAAGCUUCAGGUAGUGAAGACUCUCGCAAAGGUCCGAACAGUUUUCCGUCAAAUACUUCUGCCACAAAGCCCAGCUCUGUUUACUGCAACCUGGGAAGAACUGUCAUCACUUCAACAAACAUACCAGGAAAUGUUCAUCGAAAAUGAUGAGCAGGGGAAACUUGAAGACGCCGAUGGUAUGCCUUACACUCUAGAUCUGCUGGUGUUAGAGGAUCUUGAUUUCUUAUCCUCUUUUCUGAAAGCUCCUCCAGUCAGGGAAGAGCUCGAGAGACAGAUACAGAGUAACUCUAGCGUCGCAGCAACGCCCUGGGUCAUGGAUAUUAUGAAAUUGGCUGGAGGCUUUGCGCAAAUUGGCAAAGAAGAAGAAGACCUAUGGGAUAUUGAUGUCAACCUCUAUCUAGCAGAGGAGAGUACUGUUACGGCCAACUACACUCCCCGAACGGCUUGUGGUGACCUACUAAUAAAGCUGGGUGAAUGGCUCAAUCAAGGUGCUCUAGAGGGUUUGUUGGCGUAUACUCGGGAUCUAUUUUCAUCAGAAACCAUUAGCUGGAGAGUUCGAGAGUCAGCGCUAUACCUCCUGACCCCGCUUAUGGUAGAUUUUCUCGAUAUGACCAAGCCUGUCACACCAGAAGUCGCGAGUGGAUUUCUACAACUGGCAGAGUACGCUAUAAUCAGUCCUAAUAAUCCGCUUCUAAGAGCUAGAGGCUAUCUUGUAGCUGCACUGCUAGUACAAUAUCUUCCAGAUGUUUCCCUUGGACUUCUGGACCGAACCAUUAAGGGUGUCAAUGGAGACGAGUCUGAAGUCGUCAAAGUUGCGUGCAUACGGGGACUCCAAGGUUUCAUGAAAGCACGUACCGUUCCUCCGGGUCAUCAGGUACCUAUCGUUGCAGCCAUAUCCGAUUACCUUUAUGGAAAAGAUCUAACAGAGUUUGACGAUGCAAACGACUUACUAGUGACUUUGGUCGAGUCAUUACGCGAUGCCAUCUCAUUGGAUCCAUUUAUCGCGAUCUCCAGCGAAAGCACACCUUUGGAUCUUCUUUUCGUUCUUGCAAAGCAUGGUGCUGCGGAUUUCCAGCUGACAAUGCUCGUAACGGAAGCCUUUGAGGAAAUCGCAGAGGCUCUUGCUCCAAGCAAUGAAGCUUACAAUGCAUUAUGCGACAAGGUCAUACCAUCACUCACUAGCGCCUUUGAUAUAGGUGGUAUGACAGGUGAUGACCCUCUUGUCGAACUCGCCGCGGAACUCCUUGCUAUCCUCACCCAGAAAGGAUCCGAACCUCUGCCACCUAAAUACGUCGCUCGAGCCCUACCGAAGCUUAACCGUUUACUAAUGUUAACCACCGAGGGAGCAGUUCUUCGCCCUGGUGUCGAGGCCAUCAAGUACAUGUUGAUGCAUGAUCACCAGCAAGUGUUUGAAUGGCAUGACGAAGAGAAUCGGUCAGGUUUGGAAGUCUCUUUGAUUAUCAUUGACAAGUUACUGGGUCCUAAUAUCGAGGAUAACGCCGCAUCAGAGGUUGGUGGACUCGCCGCUGAGCUUGUCGAGAAGGCGGGUCAAGAGCGUCUUGGUCCAUACCUGGAAUCUCUAUUGAGAGCAGUUGCCUCGAGACUGGCAACCGCCGAAGCUGCACCCUUCAUUCAGUCGUUGAUUCUGGUAUUCGCACGGCUGUCACUCGUUGGAGCCCAGGAUGUCGUUGAAUUCCUAUCACGGAUCGAUAUUAAUGGCCAAAAUGGUCUACAAGUAGUCCUAAGCAAGUGGACAGAGCACUCUGUAAACUUUGCAGGCUAUGAUGAAAUCAGACAAAACGUCAUUGCUUUGUCAAAAGUAUACAGCUUGAACGAUCCCCGGGUAGCUCAAACCAUGGUGAAAGGUGAUCUGAUCAUUCCAACUAGUAAUAGAAUCAUGACCAGAUCGCAAGCUAAACUGAAUCCAGAUCAAUACACCAUUAUUCCUGCUCCUCUUAAAAUCAUCAAAGUCCUCAUCGAAGAACUUCUAUCAGCGUCAGGUCACCAAACUGCAGCUCAGAUUGCUAGUCAAGCCGCCGAAUUUGCGGAUGAAGACAAUGAUAAUGAUGAUUGGGAAGAUGUGCCAAGUAACAUUCUGGACCUCGGCCUCGGGACUACGAAAGCAGAUCUCAUGGCUUAUGCUAAUGAGGGUACGGCUAGUUUUAUGCGACAGAAAGAUGAUGAGACGCAAGCUUAUCUGGUAGAAUUCUUCCUGAAUGCCACGAGAGAGAAUGUUGCUGGGUUUAAUGAAGUAUACGCAUUGUUGACUGAUGAGGAGAAGGGAAAGUUAAAUGAAUGUGCUGGGGGUGCUGGACAGACUCAAUGA